GACAACCACAGGCCCCUCCACUGCUGCUGACAAGUAGCUUCCGGGCAACAUGUACCAGCUGUAAACAUGGCGGAGGAGGUAUUGGAAGCAGUCGAGAAGUUGCAGUUACGGCUCACAGAAAACCAAGAGCCUCGCAAGCUGCUGAAAACUCUCAAAAGGCUGGCAGAACUGCCCAUAACAGUGGAAAUCCUGGUGGAAACUGGUGUUGGGAAGACUGUGAAUUCUCUUCGCAAACAUGAUGUUGCCGGGGACGCUGCCAAGAACCUUGUGGCCAAAUGGAAGAAGUUGGUUCCAGAGAGGUCUACAGACAGGCCAAGUGUAAAUGAGGGGCGUUCUCACUCGCGCAUUAAUGAGCCUGGAGGGCACAAGCGAGUAAGGGAGCGGUCUCCAGAGGUGCCGCCACUUAUGGAAGAGGACCAGGAGAUUGGAUACCAACAUGGCUACUCCCCUUCACCCCCACAACACUAUAGCUCACCGUACGCACAUGCAAGGGAGUCAGACGAAUAUGAAAGUCCCCAAGAGGAGGAGCCUAAACCCAGUCCCCCACGAAAUGAAGUCAGGCGCAGUAAACCACACAGAGAGUCAGUCAGGGAGAAAAGUUCUCAAGAUGUUCGGGAUCAGGAGAGACGGAAGAAUCGAGACAGCAGCGAGAGUAAGGCUCACAAAGCUGACAGAGAACAACAGGGUGGGACGAGUCACAAAUCUAAACAUGUUCGACAUUUAACAUCACAUGAGGGCAGGAGAGAAAAGAAAGGGUCAAGUGAUGGAAAAUCAAGAGAGAGGAGGGAACUUCCAGAGCAAGUGGAUGAGGAGCAAUUUGAAGUACCCACCAUGUCUUUUGAAUCCUUCCUCACAUACGAUGCGCCGGCCCCGAGUAAAAAAAAGAAAAAGCCCUCGCGACCAGCUCAGCCUUCGCCCCCUGCUCCUUCGGUAUCCUCUAAAUCCAGCAAGGCCAACGGGACCAGCAGUAAACGCUCAGAGCCAUCCGCUUCCUCACUAACCAUGGCCACUAUUCCAGAGAAACGUAAAAAGGUUGUGGAUGUGGUGCCCACACUGCCUGAUAUUCCUUUGCCAGCCAUCCAGCCAAACUACAGACCCCUGCCCUCUAUUGAUUUAACUCCAUUGUCCCCUCAAAGACGCAAAGUACCAGUAUCAUACGAUGAGGAAGAUGCUGGCUACACAGGCCGAAGGCUUAAUUCAAAAAUGGUGGUGUACUCUGGCUCCAAAACUGCUUACUUACCAAAAAUGAUGUCUUUGUAUGAUCAGUGCAUUCGAGUCCUACAGAACAACAUUGACUCAAUCGAUGAAGUGGGCGGAGUGCCAUAUGAGAUUCUGGAACCGGUUCUGGAGAGAUGUACACCUGAGCAGCUAUAUCGGAUUGAGCAGUGUAAUCAGUAUUUUACAGAGGAGUCGGAUGAUCUGUGGAAGAAACACUGCAAACGGGAUUUUAAACACGAAGCUCCUCAAGAGUAUGAAUCCUGGAGGGAGCUGUAUCUCCGUCUCCAUGAGGAACGCGAAGAACGUCUGCGCAAGCUCACAAUGAACAUCAGCUCUGCCCAUGCAAACAAACCCAAAGCUCGGCAGCUUAAAAUGGCAUUUGUCAACUCUGUUGCUAAGCCUCCUCGCGAUGUCCGCCGUAUACAAGAGAGGUUUGGCAUUAAAAAUGAUUCUACCAGCUUGAGCACUGCUUCUUCCUCCACCAACAAGAUCAGACCUGCAUCAAGCUACAGCUUUCAUAGUAAGUCCACUGAUGGUGGCCAGUCUUCUCAAAGCAGUCCUCCUGAGACAUCGUCUCGCUCAUCUGCUCCUAACACCGUUGGUGGCCACAGUGCCAGAGACAAACCACAGGUCAAAAAAAUUGCCCCAAUGAUGGCUAAGACCAUCAAAGCAUUCAAGAACAGAUUCUCACGGCGGUAAAGAGAUAACAGUGACUGUGAUUUUAUGUUUGAGAGAGAUACUGGGAGAGGAAACUUAUUUUGCUGUAAUGCUUCAUAGGAACUGUGCAAUGCCCUCUUAUCUCUUAUGUUUUUAUGCUUUUAAUAUUACCAGGAAGCAAUCGUGAACACAUCUACAUCAGCAACCACCCACACCUAAUUAUGUCUUAUCAUGUGGUCAUUUGCAUUAUUCUCAGAUGAACAAACACGCAAACUUGUGGUACACUACAGAUUACUAUGAGACACCAUGUUUUACCAUCAUCAAUCACCAUCAUUGUUUAUUUAAUUGCUUCUUUUAAACAAUUGCAUUGUCAUGUGACUUGAAUAUAUGAUCAUACUGUGUAGAGAGAGAAUGAGAUGUAAAAAGUUCAAGGACUGCACACUUUCACACCAUCAUAUAUUUAUUUUAAAUAUUUGACCUGGCACCCCCUGGACCUUGCCUUGAAUGAAAGAUCAUAAAGUCAUUUUAAUAGAUUUUAUGAAGUGUUCAGUGGACGUUUUUAAUAAAAUCGACGUGUUGCUCUCA